GGUGACGGGCAUAGUAGGCAUGGUGAUACUGUGACAAUGCCGGCACUCAGUCACUGAAGCUGCACGCGGACGCACGUGUUGUUACAACAUUGAGGUGAUGGGUAAGAGGGCGCGAUCAAGCAGUUUUAAUGAAGAGCCAUGUGCGAAGUUAAAGUACGUAGUUCACAAGUUGAAGUUUUUCAAACCAUCGCCUAAGGCCAUCACUGUUAUGGCCUAUAACCAUGUGGCUGAAAAACUAGCUGUGGUCAGGUCUGACUUUUCUAUUGAGAUUUGGAGCUUCAAGUUCACGCCAUGUGUCGAAGGGGUGAUACUUGGCAAUCCAGACAAUUCUGUGGAAGCAGUGGCAUGGCAUGAUGGGAGGCUAUUCUCCACAGGCCUACAUGGUCGUAUUGUAGAAUAUGAUCUUCUUUCAUUUGAGCAAAAGUACUCCAUUGCAGUAACGUCAGGAGCAGCCUGGUGCUUAGCGGAGGAUCGUCAGAAAACAAGACUUGCUGCUGGUACAGAAGAAGGCCGUGUGUGUAUCUACGAGGUGACAGAAGAUGGUCUUGAUUUCCAGAAGAUGUUAAACAAGCAAGAAAGUCGUAUCAUGUGCUUAGCUUGGAACAAAGAUGGGGACAUGAUAGUUUCUGGGUCACCAGGUGCUAUUGUCAUCUGGGAUGUCAACACAGGACGGGCUAUAGAUAGAAUUUCUGUUGGAAAGAUUGAGAAAAACCAGGAAGCCCUAGUGUUGUGCGUGGCAGUAACAAGCGACUUCACAAUAAUCACAGGAGACUCUUAUGGAAGGACAUCAUUCUGGGAUGGACAAACUGCAACAUUAAUAUCUAGCUUCAAAGAACACAGUGCUGAUGUUCUGGCACUUUGUUUAAGUGAGGAUGAAAAGGAUGUGUUUGUAUCUGGUGUGGACCCAUCGCUUGUAAAGUUUACCAGGAUAGGUCAAACACAGACGUGGGCCAAGUCAAUGGAGAAAACAUGUCACAAGCGAGAUGUUCAAGCCCUUGCCUUUGCCAAAGGACAGCUUCUGUCUGGGGGGUGUGACACUUUCUUGGCGGCAUCAACAGAGACAUCACUUGUGACACAUAGUCCACUCCAGUCCUCAUCGGUACAAGUGGCAGCAUCAAGCGGCUGUGUCCUGCUCAACUAUGGAGAGCAUUUGGAGCUGUGGCGCCUAGACUGUGCUACAAAUAAAGAAGGUCCCUUCCAGACUUCGACGAUAUGUUCAAUGCCUGAGUUGCUCCUCCGAGUAAAGGCACGGAAUCGGGCUACCUACCACACAGCAGCUGUGUCGCAUGACCAUUGCUGGUUGGCUUGCUCAGAUGCCAGCAAAGCUCGACUCUAUCAAAUUAGUGAGGUUAAUGGGUCUAGCCUUGACUGCAACAAGGUAUCCACUUUCAAUGAACAGAUGGGCCCUGCCAAGAAACUGAUGUUCAGUCCUGAUGGCUCAUAUUUGGUGGCACUGAGUUCUCAUGGAAGUGUGCAUGUGUUCAACAUGCCACCCAGGCACCUCUACACCCUUCCGUCUAGAAAAGGUGGUGCAAUGGGCCCUCACAUGAUAUGUGUGUCACUUGAACAUCUUGCUGUUGCUGACAGUGAAGGUAUACACAUCUAUAAUUUGAAGACAUCUAAGGUCCUUUGCAACCUUCCUGAAGUUCCGUGUCUGCCAACGGCAAUGAGGUUCUACCCAAAAGCUGGUCACCUGCUGGUAAUAUAUAGCAACAACAAGGUUAUAGAAUACAAUGUUAACAGCGAGUCAUCAAGUCAUUGGUGUCAAGUUGCAUAUCAACAUGGUGGGCUGACACUGGAAACGUUGAAACCAUUGACAGGCAUUGCAUUUGAUGCCAGGAACGAAGAUGUUUUCUUUGCCUACAGUGACCAGGAGCUGUUUAUUGUUGAUAAGGCAGAGGCUCUCAAAAAAGGUUUCAGAAGUAAUGCUGUACGAAGAAAAAAGUUUCAGUGGCUGACAUUCUUCGAUCAGGUGCAAGAUGAAAUGCUCAUUGUAGAAGUGUCCCCAGAACAACUUGGAGGCCUGCCGCCACCACUCUGGAAAAAGAAAUAUGGAACCUGAGCACCAUAUUAUGGCUAUUACAGGAACAUUUUUUUAAUGUAAAUAGAAACCCAUGUCGAGUAAUUUUGUUUAAACAUGCACAUUGCUAGCCGGUUACAGUUCUCAUGAGGUAAAAAAUUGCUUGAAUGUGGCAUUUUAUGAAGAAAUCAUUUAAAAGGGAAGAAAAUGGCGAUUAUAAAUUCCAAUGUGUGUGUGUGCGCUACUCGGUAUUGUGACACUUCCGAUUGUUUGCCAAGGAUGAAACGAAGAUGCCUAGCAUAGAAUUAAAAUCGUUGACUACAGUGUCCAGAGUAAGCGAUUGCCAUCAGAGUAAGUCAGUUCUGCCAUACAUACAAAUAUAUAUGUGGCGGGGAAUUCACCACAUUGCUAAAUAAAAAAUACACUGGCACUGAUCAAAGAUUUUAGCACUUUUGUCAGCUUUCUGUAAAACAGGCAAGUAUUGUAUGUUCUUUUGAAACUUAUUAUUGGGAGUGUCACAAUUCAGAUGGGCAGAUACUGUCAUGAUGUGCUUUUUUUUUAAUGAUGUUUCAAGAGCUUCUUUUGUGCUUGAAAGAUGCCCCGCCGCGGUGGUCUAGUGGCUAAGGUACUCGGCUGCUGACCCGCAGCCGGGAUUCAAUCCCGUGACUUGAGAUCCUUUGGAGUUUAUAAUGUAAUAUAAUGUAAUGGUAUGCAUAACUAAACGAACUGACAACCAGGAGGAAAUUGUGAAUUGUAGCAAGUGUUCUAUGCACAUUGGUCCAGGAUUAGAUGGACUAUUGUAUGUGUAAUAAGGGGGAUAGUGCAUUAAUUCUUGACAGGCAAAAAAACACUGCCAGUGUUUUAAUGAAGGAUGUUGCUCAAGUUUUAUGAUAUUUCAUGACUCCUACAGGUUUCUUGUUUAUAUAAAAGCGAAGCAAGUUGGUCCGUGCCUUGUUUAUUUUUUAAUAAGUUGUAGUAGAUUAUAUAGGCAUUUGUUAUAAAAAAACUUUUUUUUGCUCUUGCUAUGACAUUUUUUAAGUGUUAAGAGUGCCCUGAAACACUUAGUCAACAUGCUAAGAAAAGAUAGCCCAUCUGUAGAGGCUCCUGUGGACAUGCAAACCAUGUAUAUUGCACUGUAUGUAUGUAAUAAAAAACUUACAACCUCGUCAAAAA